AUGACCACCCCAAUACUUUCUUUUCCAGGCUUCUUUACAUCCUUGGCGAUCGUCUUGUGGAGUCCCUCCUCGCAUCGGCCCAGUUUUUGGAUGCAGACUUACAGCUGGCCCGUCAACUCUGUAACCAACCUCAAUCGCCAGCAGUGCGAGAACUUGAACCUGGAUUGUGGACAGGCCAAUGCUCUCCUCCGGAUCAUCCACAAUAUCUUAGACAUCACCAAGAUCAAUGGGUGCGUUUAUAGUGCAUGCUCCUACCCUGAGAGUAUCUUCGAGCUUGUUGGCCCAGCUUGUGCAACAGAGAUAACGGAUGAAUACAUCAAGCCAAUCGCUAAAGUAGAGACGGAGAGCCGGGUCAAGGCGCUAGACUGCUCGAACUUCGGCGACAAAUACGAUCUGAAGCUGGCGCAGGCCGCCGUCGAUAUCGUCCAUAACCCGAACCUGCACCUUCCUGGUAAGGUCAUUGUAGAAGUUUACAGGAAGUUUGAGGGACCAAAUGGUGCUCAAACGGUGCACCUUCCUGGUAAAGAUUAG